AUGCUGCUUAUCAAGCAGACCCCUGACAGUCCUUGGACUCCGAUCUUGCUUAACUGCCUUCGACCUUCUCAAGUCCCCAUCUACAUCAGCUAUCUAUACAUCAACUAUCUAUACAUCAACGAAACAAACAAGAUGAAGUUACCGACCUUGGGCAGCCUUGCGCUGCUCUCUCUUCUCCCUUCAGCCUGCCUCGCACAAUCGCAACAUACCUCCAACUGGGCCGUCCUAGUCUCCACUUCGCGUUUCUGGUUCAACUACCGCCACCUCGCCAAUGUUCUUUCCAUGUACCGUACUGUCAAACGUCUAGGCAUCCCAGACUCCCAGAUAAUUCUCAUGCUCUCUGACGAUGUUGCCUGUAACCCUCGAAACACUUUCCCGGGCACUGUUUAUAACAAUGCAGACCGUGCAAUCGAUCUUUACGGCGACAAUAUUGAAGUCGACUACCGUGGCUACGAAGUCACAGUCGAGAACUUCAUCCGUCUUCUUACAGACCGUGUACCACCCGACACACCACGUAGUAAACGAUUGUUAACCGACGACCGAAGUAACAUCUUCAUUUAUAUGACUGGUCAUGGCGGGAACGAAUUCCUCAAAUUCCAAGAUGCGGAAGAAAUCUCCGCGUUCGAUAUCGCAGAUGCCUUCCAGCAGAUGUUCGAGAAGAAACGGUACAACGAAAUGCUAUUUAUGAUCGAUACCUGUCAGGCGAAUACUAUGUAUUCAAAGUUUUACAGUCCGAAUAUAUUAGCUACCGGGUCUUCGGAGUUAGACCAGAGCAGUUAUUCGCAUCACGCGGAUAACGAUGUCGGCGUGGCGGUUAUCGAUCGAUACACGUAUUUCAACCUGGAAUACCUGGAAACUCAUGUUAAAAAUGCGAGUUCGAAGCAUACACUGGCAGACCUGUUCAGUUCGUAUGAUCCGGUUAAGAUUGCGAGUACACCGGGGAUUAGGACGGAUCUGUUCAGAAGGAAUCUAUCGGAAGUACUCAUCACAGACUUUUUGGGGAAUGUGCAGAACGUAGAGGUUGAUGGAGAUGGUAUGAUCCUUGAUGAAGAUCUGUUGGCCUUGGCGCGAAGUGCUGGGUAUAAUAUUACCGAGCAGGAGUGGAAGGAUGCUAUGACUGGAGGGUACCAUGAAAAGACGCAGGAGGAGAGGGAUAAUGUUGUUGGAGAGCAGAGGACGUGGGAAGGCCCGGCAAGGGUGCAUAGGGACAGUGAAAGUGACUUCUGGAGGAAUGUUAUGAGUGCUGGGGCGGUGGGGGUAUGCUUUGUGGGGUACUGGGUGUUCAGCAUGAUCGAUAAGGUCUAG